AUGCCGUGGCUUAAACGUCUCAAUCCGAUGAUCAAUUGGGAAACUGGUGACUUUUGGUUUGGCAAAGAUGCCAAAUGGCCACCGAAACCCACCGUCAAAGAUGUACCAGAUGAAGAAGUUUCAAUUUUCAAGGAAGAUGACCUCUUAGAGUUAAUCACCACCGAAACUUCUCUGACCUCAUUUGGACAUUCAGAAUCUAUCAGAGAAAUCAUGGCUGAUAACAUUGAGCGUGGCGAGUUACCCGCAGUGCAGAAUGAUACCGAACCAGAUGACCCACCAUUAGAACCCUCUAUGGAUCAGCUUGAUGAUGACGAUCUAGUUAUCUCCUAUAUCGCAGGAGAACCAGUUAUUGGGAUAUUUGAACCCAUCAGGAAGGAAUCGCCUUUGAUAAAUGAAGAGACUGGAACCGCAAAUACGAUCUUUUAUAAACCAUCCGGUAAAUCACAGGAAUUGGCACAACAGGCACACAAGGAAGUGUCAGCUGCAGACAAACCCAAGACCAUUGAGGAGUUGGUACCCGACUACCUCCACAAUUUGAAGUCAGUCUUUGAAAAGAAAGCAGCUGAACGCUUUCCAGAAACCAGGCCUUGGGACCACGCCAUUGACUUGAAACCCGAUUUUAUUCCACGUGACUGUAAAGUCUAUCCGUUAUCGCUCAAAGAACAAGGAGCGAUGGAUGACUUCCUGGAAGAAAAUCUGCGAAAAGGAUACAUCCGACCGUCGAAAUCUCCCAUGGCUUCACCAUUUUUCUUCGUAGGAAAGAAAGACGGAGCACUACGUCCCUGUCAGGAUUACCGAUACCUGAAUGAAGGGACGGUGAAGAACACCUAUCCUCUUCCGCUCAUUUCUGACCUUAUGGAUCAAUUCAAAGGCGCAUCGAUCUUUACGAAAAUGGAUUUACGCUCCGGAUAUAACAAUGUCAGAGUCAAAGAUGGUGACCAGUGGAAGGGUGCGUUUAAGACAAACCGUGGACUUUUCGAACCCAUGGUCAUGUUCUUUGGACUCUGCAACUCCCCGGCGACUUUCCAAAUGAUGAUGAACGCACUCUUUGAGGACAUCAUCGAUGAAGGAUGGAUAGUCAUUUAUAUGGAUGAUAUCCUCAUCUUCUCGAACGAUUUGGAAGAACAUCACAUUCGAACCCGACACGUACUCCAGCGACUCAAAGACAACGACCUAUCCCUUAAACCGGAAAAGUGUUUCUUUGACGUUAAGGAAGUCGAAUUCCUAGGCAUGAUCAUUCGAGAGAACUACAUCGGCAUGGACCCCAUCAAACUUAAAGGAAUUGCAGAAUGGCCUGAACCAAGCACGGUAAAAGGUGUUCGCUCUUUCUUAGGGUUUGGAAACUUCUACCGGAAAUUGCCAACUUCUCGGAUAUUGCCAAACCAUUGA